AUCUUUCUAAGAGCGCCUCUUCUUCUUGUCCGAGUCUUGUUGCGACAGCCAAGUCGAUUAUCAUUCCACAUCGUCCGACAAGAUGGCAACUCUCGGUGCUCAGGCCCCCCAUGGCCCCGACAUGACUGGCACUCAUAAUCCCCUCGAGGACAUGGAUCUCCACGAAAAGGGUGCCUUCGAUCAGCUCAUUCGUCCCGAUGACAGUUAUACCCCCGAUGGUACCUACUGGGCCGAUCUGCCCCUAGUCAAGAGAGUCAAGUUCGUUGGCUCCUACGACGCCCAGGAAUCCAAGCGUGAGCUUCGUGGAAUCUGGGCCAUGAUCAAGGAGGAUCCUCUUUCUCCUGUCUCGUAUUAUUUCCGGAAUAUGGUCCUGCCUGGUGCUGGUCUUGGUCUCGAAGGUUACGUGCUCUUCUCUAUCGGAAACAUCAAGCCUCUCUUCCAAAAUUCCUUCAAGUCCUGCUGGAAAGAAUACGAGACGUGCGACAAGCAAUGGAUUUACGCCAUCGACUACCUCGAGAUUCUCGGUAUCAUUGUCGGUCAGAUUUUGGUCGGUAUUCUAGGUGACUGGGUUGGUCGCCGCUGGGGUUUAAUUCAGGAUGCUACAAUCAUGCUUCUCGGUCUGAUCAUGCUUAUCGCAGCUUGGGGUGUGAACGAGAAUGGCUGGAUCAUCUGCUACGCCUGGUCUCUGUUCGUCUACGGUGUUGGUGUCGGUGGUGAAUAUCCCAUGACUGCCACCAGCGGUAUGGAGAAUGCCGUCGGCUCCGGAAAGGUUUCGACCAAGGAGGAUCGUCUCCACCGUGGUCGUAAGGUCACCAGCGCUUUCUUGAUGCAAGGUUGGGGUCAGUUCUUCAACCAGGCUAUCCUGAUCAUCUUGCUACUGAUCUUCCACCAUGGGAGCGGUAACCCUCCCUACUCCGCCGUUGCUGCUCAGUGGACCUACCGUAUCUCCUUCGCCAUUCCCGCCGUCGGAACCCUGUGGCUGGUCUACUACCGUGCCUACCACAUGAAGUCUGCCAGUAAGCAGCUGGACGCCGCUAAGAAGAAGGCCUCUGUCACUGGUUAUGAUGUCAACUCUCUCAAGCUCACCCUCAAGUACUUCGGGCCUCGUCUUCUGGCCACCACCGGCGGUUGGUUCUGCAAUGAUGUCUUCUUCUACGGCAACAAGCUUUUCAGCUCCGAGUUCAUCGAAGUUUUGAGCCCCGGUAACAAGUCCAUUAUGCCUACAUGGUUGUGGAGCUUGUGCAAUGUCGGUGUCUCGUUGGCUGGAUACUACUGCGCCUCCUUCUUCGUGGACAACAAACUCUACGGUCGCAAGUGGAUGCAAAUGAUCGGUUUCCUGAUGUGCUUUGUUAUGUUCGUCGUCCCCGCCUUCCACUACGAUUACUACAUCCAGCCGGAGAACAUCCACGCUUUCCAAGCUAUGUACUUCCUGAGCUCCUUCUUCAACCAAUUCGGCCCCAAUUCGAUCACUUUCCUGGUUGCCGCCGAAGUGUUCCCCACUCCCAUCCGCGCCUCGGCUCACGGUAUCUCCGCCGCUUGCGGUAAACUCGGUGCCCUGUUGGCCUCGGUGCUAUACAACUACAUCGGCACCCGCACCAAGUUCUACUUUGUGCCCUGGUGGGGUCUGGCCGGCAUGGUUCUCACCUGGCUCUUCCUUCCCGACACCACUGGUUUGGAUCUGAAGGAGCAGGAACGUCGUUGGCAGUACAUCCGUGAAGGGCGUGAGCAGGACUACCACGGUCCUGCUAUCCACUCCAAGCACUUGUCUGUCUGGGAGCGUCUGCGCGGCGUUGGAAAGAACUACAACGCCGAGCUUGACUACAAGCAGAAGGUCGAGGAGUUCCGCGCUGAAUGGGAGUCUGCCAUGGCUCGCAAGAUGGAUGAGACUACCAAGGGUGAAGAGUACCUGCAGGACACCGACGAGUCUCUUCUGGAAGGCCACGUCCACUCCUACUUCCACCGCACCAGCCCUAUGUUCCGCGGAAUGGACAAGCCGGCCACGAGGACGGAUAACUUCGCUCUCCCUCCGGCUGCGCAGGAUGACUCGGGAGAGUCCUUCAAUGAGAAGACCAACCAUUAGGUUAUGUUGAAUGAUUCCCUUUCUAGCACUUUGAAAAGACCAUCGGCGUGAUGCAUUGCAUGUGGCAUACCCCAAUCCGGGUUGAUGAUGCCAUUCACUCUUCCUUUCUUGCUGUUUCACUAUCCUUGUUUUUCGAGCGAGUGGUUUUGCUUGGUUCUUGUUGUGGCUGUACACCUCCUCCCAAUACCCAGGUACAUAAAUACCUACUUUUAGUAUAUAGAAGCUGAUUAAUACUGCAUCCUUCCCAAGGCUGGGAAAUACAUACUUUUC